AUGGAUGAAGCCAUUGAAGCUUGGGCAAAGUCUCUUAAUGCCAAGACUGAAGUUUCAUUGGCAAGGCUUAAGUGUAAGAGUGAGAAGGAAGCCAUGGAGGGAGUGAAUGAUGAUGCUUAUGUGAAAGCUUUGGAUAAGUUUACUAAUUUGGAUUGGAGGAAGAUGUUCUUGAAGAUGUCGGAUCCAUGGAGAAGAGUGUGGCUCAAUAGCCUACUAAAGUGA